AUGACAACAGAAUCCUGGAGCCCCAGCCCUGGAGAGGAAGAAGGGAACUAUGACUGGUCAGGGGACUAUGAAGAGCCAAAGUUCUGUCCCACUUCCGACCUCCCUUAUGGUUAUGUCUAUAUACCCCUCCUCUACCUGGCAGCCUUUGGGGCUGGGCUGGUGGGCAACUCCUUUGUGGUUUGGCUGCUGGUGGGGCAGCAGGGCCCCCGGAGGCUGGUGGACACUUUUGUGCUCCACCUGGCUGUGGCUGACCUGUUGUUUGUGGUCACCCUACCCUUCUGGGCCACCGCUGCAGUCCUGGGCGGCCGCUGGACCUUUGGAGAGGGCCUCUGCAAGGUCAGCAGUUUUAUAAUCGCAGUGACCCGGUGUGCCAGUACCCUACUUCUGGCUGGCAUGAGUGUGGACCGAUACCUAGCUGUGGUGAAACUCCUGGAUGCCAAGCCUCUUCGGAACCAAAGCUGCAUGCUGAUGACAUGUGGAGUGAUCUGGACCAUCUCUAUUCUGGCUGGCAUUCCCUCUCUGGUCUACAGGAAACUGCUGCCCAUGCCAGUCGGUCCUGGCAGCCUGUGUGGGGACGACCACACUGACAUCUUCCAGUGGCUCAGCCUCCUGGUCCUCUUCCUCACAUUCAUCCUCCCGCUGGCCAUCACCUUUUUCUGCUACUCCCUCAUCUCUCGACGUCUCUGGAGUCUCCCUCACCUGAGCCGGGGUCGGAAGAACUCCCUGAGGAUCAUCUUUGCCAUUGUGGGCACCUUCACUUGCUGCUGGCUCCCCUUUAGCCUGUUGAAGACCUUCUUCCAUAUCGCCCACCUGAGGGCUCUGCCUUUAGACUGCCCAGUGGUUCUGGCACUGCGCUGGGGCCUCACCCUCACCACCUGUCUAGCCUUUGUUAACAGCAGUGCCAACCCCGUCAUCUACCUUCUUCUGGAUCGUUCCUUCCAGGCUCGGGUUCGGGGGUCUUGCGGGAGGACCCAGCCUCCCCUGGCAAGCAGAAGGAGCUCAGCCUCCUCUCUCUCGGGGGGAGACAGUUCCAUAUUCCAAGGCUGGACCUGGGGACUAGGUCGAAGCAUCCGCACAGUUCCCAGAAUUUCCUUCCCCCAAAAUCCAUGA